AUGCCAAGCCUCCGUCGCAAUGGGCGGAAGACUGUUGACCAAGCAAAGGGUACAAGGAUUGGAGGCAGAAGUCAUGGGCCAAAGUUUCAGUUUCGGACGUUGGACGAUUUCGUUCUUACGCAGAAGUUGUCCAGUGUUGCGGAGCAGGCGCUUCGCAACAAGCCUGAGCAGGUUUAUUCUGAAAAGCUGGUCAAACCUGCGCCAACUGGAUGGGUCAGAUGGCUUGCUGCCAACAAGCAGACCUGUGAUGCUGACAGAUGUGAUCCUUGCAACCAGCCUGGCAGUGAUCGUAGCAAAGUUCAGGCAGCGUCGAAGAGUUGCAGCAGUGUUCAGGACUUAGAUGCCUCACGGCAGCCCGCCAACGUUGUAUAUGCAAACGCGCAGCACCGGCACGCCCCGUCAAACGCUGAAGAGCAAACUGCAGCAUGCGACCCUGUACGAGCUGUGCGGUGCUACACGAAGGCGGCUGAGCAGGGCGAGGCAGACGCUCAAUUCAAACUUGGGACCUUCUAUGCCAAUGGCACAGGCAUGGCCAAGGAUGAAGAAUCUGCCCUACACUGGUACAAAUUGGCGGCAGAACAGGGAAUGGUGGAAGCACAGUUCAACUUGGGCCUUUGCUACAAACACAGCCUAGGUGUGACACAAGACCUGGAACUUGCUUUGAAGUGGUUCACAAAGGCUGGCAAUAAAUCCCACGUCGAGGCACAAUUCAAUGUAGCUCUUUGCUAUCUUCAUGGAGAUGGCGUCAAGGUCGAUGCUGCCAAGGCCGCGCGUUGGUUGAAGAAGGCUGCAGGCAGGGGUCAUAGCAGGGCACAAUUCCAGCUUGGACUAUGCCACAGCGAAGGUCUCGGCGUGCCCCGUGAGGACUUCUUCGCGUUUAUACAAUUCCGAGCAGCAGCAAUUCAAGACCUUGCGGUUGCAGAGCAUAAGCUGGCUGUGUGCUAUCACCGUGGUACAGGCGUGGAAAAAGAUAUGGAUUUGGCGAUAGAAUGGUACAUCAGAGCAGCUGAGCAGGGUCACAACCAAGCUCAAUACGACUUGGCAGCUUGCUAUCUCAGAGGUGAUGGAGUAGCCCUAGAUGUGGAACAAGGCAUGGCCUGGAUGCAGCGCGCUGCAGAGCAGGGACACCCAGAUGCCACUGCCUUUCUUCAGGACUAG